GUGCGGAGCUACAGUUUGGACCUUCCCUCGCCUCAAGUCAAGGAGACAUCCGCGUGCACCCGCGCUCGGUUAUUUUACGGCCCCCGCUGCUUCCAUACUCUCUCUCAACACCACACACUGAUCCGCAAACAGCAACAGCAGCUCCUCUCUCUUCUGUCCCAGCUCAGCACCGCUUAAACGUGGUGCGCUUCUGACGCGCUCUUUCCAGUUCAGGAUGGAAUCGUCUCCUUCUCUUCACCUUUACCACUGACUGUGACGCUGCUGUAGUUUGGUGGGAGUUCCUGAGGAAGGGCCUGGAACUGGUCCUCUGUCUGCUGUUUCGCCUUUCCACAGGGCGUAGGCUACUUUGAUAUAACUACAAUUGUACACUUAUCUCCGGGCUCCGAAAUGGGAAUGUAUUUACAUGCGCUGUUUUUGCAGUACUAUUUCGUCUCGAGUUUCGUGUGCAACGCUGUCGCUUUCGUUGAGGAGCCCUCCGGAGGCAAGUCGGACGGGUACUGCGGGCGGAUCAUCCGGGCGCAGACCCAGGGGACUCGGAGGGAUGGGCACCAUGAGUUCAGACUCAGAGUGGAGGGGGACCCGGAAACCUAUCAGCCGGGCAGCACCUACAGAGUGAUCCUCCUGGCAAUCAGCCCUGCUUAUUUCAGAGGUUUCACUCUUAUCGCACUGAAGGAGGGCAGAGAGGGCACCACAGACGACGACUACACUGGCCAGUUCCAGAACAUUGAUGAGGAGGACACACAGUUCAUGACCAACUGUGCCCCUGCAGUUACAGAGAGCACACCUCGAAGACGCACCAGGAUACAGGUCUUCUGGACGGCGCCGCCUACUGGGUCUGGCUGUGUAAUAUUAAAGGCCAGUAUUGUCCAGAAGAGAAUAAUUUAUUUCCAGGAUGAAGGCUCUCUCACUAUUCGACUGUGUGAGAAAGAGCUUGUGUUUGGUGAAGCCACAGAAGCUCCCGCUAUGGAGUGCUGCGCCUGCGGAACAGCCAAGUACAGACUCACCUUCUAUGGCAACUGGUCAGAGAAAGUACAUCCCAAAGACUACCCAAGACGAGCGAACCACUGGUCGGCUCUGAUUGGUGCGUCUCACACCAGAAGUUAUGUGCUAUGGGAGUACGGGGGCUACGCCAGCGAGGGAGUCCGUCAGGUUGCUGAGUUCGGCUCCCCUAUCAAGAUGGAAGAAGAGAUUCGACAGAAGGGAGAUGAAGUACUGACUGUUAUUAAAACUAAGGCUCAGUGGCCGGCAUGGCAGCCGCUCAACCUGCGAGCAGCUCCAUCAGCAGAGUUUUCUGUGGAUCGGACACGUCACCUGAUGUCCUUUCUCACCAUGCUUGGGCCCAGCCCAGACUGGAAUGUGGGGCUGUCAGGAGAGGACCUUUGCACUAAGGAGUGUGGCUGGGUCCAGAGGCUGGAGACAGACCUCAUUCCCUGGGAUGCAGGCACUGACAAUGGUGUCACAUAUGAGUCACCGAACAAGCCCACCUUUCCUCAAGAGAAGAUCCGACCCUUGACCAGUUUGGACCACCCCCAGAGCCCAUUCUAUGACCCAGAGGGAGGGGCAAUUACCCCUGUAGCCAAGCUGGUGGUGGAACGCAUCGCUAGAAAGGGAGAGCAGUGUAAUAUGGUCCCAGACACCAUAGAUGACAUUGUAGCUGAUAUUGGACAGGAGGAGAAGGAAGAAGAUGACACACCAGAGACAUGUAUCUACUCAGGCUGGUCUCCCUGGUCAGCCUGUAGCAGCGUUACGUGUGAAAAAGGCCGCAGGAUGAGGCAGAGGAUGUUGAAGGCCCAGUUGGAUCUCAGCGUGCCGUGUCCCCACACUCAAGAUUUUCAGCCCUGCAUGGGACUGGGAUGCAGUAUGGAGGAGCCCUCAACGUGUAUGAUGUCGGAGUGGAUCAGCUGGUCUGCUUGCAGUGUGUCCUGUGGGAUGGGGACGAGGUCUAGAGAGCGAUAUGUCAAACAGUAUCCUGAGGAUGGCUUGCUCUGCCAGCUCCAAACUGAGGAGAUAGAGAAGUGUGUUGUCAACGAUAAAUGCUCACCAAGCACCUGUGUGGUGACUGAGUGGGCUGAGUGGGAUCCCUGCAGCAUCACCUGUGGCUUAGGUAUGAGAAGACGUGAACGCAUGGUUAAGAUGCCUCCUACAGACGGAUCAAUGUGUAAGACCGAGGUGUCCGAGGUGGAGAAAUGCAUGAUGCCAGAAUGUCAUACGACUCUGUGCAUGCUGUCUCCCUGGUCUGACUGGGGUGAGUGUAGUAUGACGUGUGGGCAGGGCGUACAAACACGUCAGAGAAUGCUGAAGUCUGAUCCUGCAGGGUGCACUGAGGAGCUGAAGCAGACAGAGAAGUGCAUCCUGCCAGAGUGCCCCAUUGACUGCAUGGUCUCGGAGUGGUCCGAGUGGUCGCAGUGCAACAAGUCCUGUGGUAAAGGACACACCAUUCGAACCCGUAUGGUUAAACUGGAGCAGCAGUUUGGGGGCAGUGAUUGUCCCGAGACCAUUCAGAGGAAGAAAUGCAAGAUCAGGAAGUGCGGGCCAGACAGAAGAGGUGCAGUUGCUGGAGGAGGAAAGAGAAGUAGACAGGGUUGCAGGAUGCAGCCGUGGGCCAGCUGGAUGGACUGUACCAAAAUAUGCGGAGGGGGGAUCCAGGAACGUUUCAUGAUGGUGAAGAAAAGAGCUAAAGGCACUCUGAUGGCCAGCUGUGAGGACCGGAAGGAGAUCCGUGCUUGUAACAUUCAUCCCUGCUAGGGGGUACUACUGAGUUAUAGUGGAGAGGAGGGAAGUAGCAGGUAAAACACGAGUUGUGAAAAUAUGGGUUUAUUUGAUAAGAUGAUAAUGGGGAACUUUUUGUGUACAGGGAGGUAAGGUUAAGGGAGGGUGAGAUGAUGGGCUAGUCUGACCUUUCGGAAACAGGAUAUUGGUUUUGGUAAGUAGAGGGGAAGGGAGGAGAAAAUAGGAAAAAACGAGAAGAUGGCUGUUUAGUGAAGCCAUUGUAGACAUUUAGUUAACAGGGAUGACAUUUACUUUUGACCACAAUGGAAGUAUGAGAGUAAUGUCUGUGUCCUGCAGAAAAAUCAAGAAACAACUACAAUAGCCUACAAUAGUAGUUUGCCUUUAUUGCACACAUUUUUGUGUAGUUCCAGUAGUUUUGUUCUCUGGAGUAUGAAAAUUCCCUGGGAAUUCAUGCCAAAAUCUGUUUCUAUUUUCUAAGAAAAAAACCCCCACAUGAACCUGGAAUUUUUGGCACGUGUCUGCUUUGUAAUGUAUUUACUGACACAAAGAUGCCUUUUUCAACCAUCAUUAAUGAUACCAUUGUAGUGUCGUAGCUAUAGUUUGCCCUUGAAAUGACAUUAUUGCGCUUAUACAACUGGAUCAACUUUCUUCUGAUUCUUUUUCAUCUUAAAAUGGCAAGCUGGUGUUGUUUAGAAUGAGUGUGAAAAAUGCAAAGUAAUCUUUAAAUGAAAGGGAUAUGGUUCAACUUAAUAAGAUGUGUAGGCUGGCAUCUCCUAUAGUGGUGUGUUUACGCAUAUAUAUAACCAUCACCUUGCAGGAGGAACUACCAUAUACCUACCUAAAGAUAUGUACAACUUGUAGAGGGAGACUGCAGGCAGUCAUGUUACAAUCUCUAACAUCAUCUGUGGUGUUUCUGUUACACAAGAGACUUUUGUUCCCUAACUUACAAAACAAUAAUAAUUUAAGUACCCCCUUAAAAGAGCACCAAGCCUGGGGAGGAACACUACCCUAAGAACAAACUUAAACAGAGAACAGAAAUCCCUUCCCCUAUUAGAACAAAAUUCAUUUUAAAAUCAUGGACCAACGUUCAACCCUAGUAUGGAGUUUUGUAAGUUUUCAACUGACAAAAAUUGACAAAAAAGCAAAAAACAGACUAAAAUAAAGGAUUUCUUUUCUAUUUUUUGCAAGACAUAGAUACAGGAAUUUUCUAAAGACAUAUGGAUGUACUGUAUAACUACUAUCUAACCAACCCUUAAACCCUUAUAAAUGACACUACUAUCUAAGUACUAAAAAACACUUUCCCUAAUUAACAGAUACAUUUAAAUGGAGAUAUUUUAUACUGUUAAAAUGAGUCUUUAUAAACUGUAUGGCUGUUUAUCUGUUGUUUCAGCAUUAAACCUCUUAUUUUAGCAUGUG